AUGCUAGACAUCGAUCUCCGUCUUCUCCUUCCCUCAUCACAAUCCGUUUACGUGCUGGUGUUUUACUUCGUCUACUUAGCCGUUGCUGGAGAAAUCCUCCCUGGAAAAGUUAUCCGCGGCGUCGUUUUAUCUGAUGGCUCUCAGCUUCGUUACCGAUGCAAUGGUCUACUCGCACUGACGUUGCUGGUUGCUAUUCUGGGAAUCUCUGCGAAACUCGGCGUUUUGUCACUUCUUGUGGUUGCUGAUAGAGGACUUGAGUUACUUUCAGCUACUUUUAUCUUCUGUGUUUUGGUGACAUUGGUAUUGUACAUUACAGGGCGCUAUUCUUCGGAUAAGAGUUCUUCUCUAAAGCCUCAUGUCUCAGGAAAUCUUGUACAUGACUGGUGGUUUGGAAUACAGUUGAAUCCUCAGUUUAUGAGCAUCGAUCUCAAGUUUUUCUUUGUCAGAGCCGGGAUGAUGGGAUGGCUGCUUAUCAAUCUCUCUAUUCUGGCAAAAUGUUUCCAGGAUGGUUCCUUGAGUCGGUCCAUGAUACUUUACCAGAUUUUCUGUGCGUUAUAUAUAUUGGACUACUUUGUUCAUGAAGAAUAUAUGACCUCCACGUGGGACAUAAUUGCAGAGAGAUUGGGCUUCAUGCUGGUGUUUGGAGAUCUCCUGUGGAUUCCUUUCACUUUUAGCAUCCAGGCAUGUAACUGCCCGGGCUGGUGGCUUUUGUACAACAAAGUAGAACUGUCAGUUCCUGCUAUUGUUGACAAUUGCUUUGUGUUCUUAAUAGGGUACAUGGUGUUUAGAGGGGCUAACAAGCAAAAACAUAUCUUUAAGAAGAACCCUAAAACACUUAUAUGGGGCAAACCUCCAGUGGUGGUUGGUGGAAAGUUGCUUGCUUCAGGCUAUUGGGGGAUUGCAAGACACUGUAAUUACCUUGGCGACUUGAUGCUUGCUCUGUCUUUCAGUUUGCCCUGUGGAAUAAGUUCGCCGGUUCCAUAUUUCUACCCGAUAUACCUCCUAAUACUGUUGAUAUGGAGAGAAAGAAGAGACGAGGAACGAUGUGCAGAGAAGUACAAGGAGGUUUGGACUGAGUAUCUUAGACUUGUCCCCUAUAGAAUCCUUCCUUACGUCUAUUAA